GAUAAAACGAGGCGCAGAGAGCGGACUGGGGCAUUUCUCCCCGAGAUGGCGGGUCUGAGAACUGCAGCCCUGCGGCCCGGAGUCCUGCUGCUCCUGCUGUCUGUCAUCCACCCCUCGCAGCCUGGAGGGGUCCCAGGUGCUGUUCCUGGUGGAGUUCCCGGAGGCGUCUAUUACCCAGGUGCUGGUCUCGGAGGUCUGGGAGGAGGAGCUCUGGGGCCUGGAGGCAAACCACCCAAGCCAGGGGCUGGACUCCUGGGGGCGUUCGGACCAGGUGCCGGUGGGCUUGCGGGCGCUGGCCCUGGGGCAGGGCUGGGGACCUUUCCUGCAGGCACCUACCCGGGGGCUCUGGUGCCUGGUGGAGUGGCAGGGGCGGCUGCGGCCUACAAAGCUGCCAAGGCUGGCGCUGGGCUUGGCGGCGUUGGUGGACUUGGUGUUGGCGGGGUCGGCGGCAUUGGUGGUGUUGGCGGCCUAGGAGUGUCUACAGGUGCGGUGGUGCCGCAGCCCGGAGCUGGAGUUGGAGUCGGAGUCGGAGCCGGAGGGAAGCCCGGGAAAGUGCCUGGUGUGGGUCUGCCAGGUGUCUACCCAGGUGGAGUGCUCCCAGGCACAGGAGCUCGGUUCCCAGGUGUGGGGGUGCUCCCCGGGGUUCCCACCGGAACAGGAGUCAAGGCCAAGGUCCCAGGUGGAGGUGGACCUUUUGCUGGAAUCCCAGGAGUUGGACCCUUUGGGGGCCAGCAGCCUGGAGUCCCGCUGGGGUACCCCAUCAAGGCUCCCAAGCUGCCAGGUGGCUACGGACUGCCCUACAGCACUGGGAAACUGCCCUAUGGCUACGGGCCGGGAGGAGUGGCUGGUGCUGCGGGCAAGGCCGGGUACCCGACAGGGACAGGGGUUGGCUCCCAGGCUGCAGCAGCAGCAGCUAAAGCAGCUAAGUAUGGUGCUGGAGGAGUCGGGGUUCUCCCUGGUGUCGGAGGUGGUGGCAUUCCUGGUGGGGCCGGUGCCAUUCCUGGGAUCGGAGGCAUUGCAGGGGCAGGGGCUCCUGCUGCUGCUGCUGCUGCUGCUGCAAAGGCUGCUGCUAAGGCAGCUAAAUACGGAGCUCCAGGAGGCUUGGUGCCUGGUGGGGUCCCAGGUGUCGGGGUCCCAGGUGUCGGGGUCCCAGGUGUCGGAGUUCCAGGUGUUGGGGUCCCAGGUGUUGGAGUCCCAGGUGUUGGAGUUCCAGGUGUUGGAGUCCCAGGUGUUGGAGUCCCAGGUGUUGGAGUCCCAGGAGCUGUGUCACCAGCUGCAGCCGCUAAAGCAGCUGCCAAAGCAGCCAAAUACGGGGCCAGAGUGGGAGGAGUUGGAGGCCUUCCCACUUUCGGGAUUGGUUACGGUAUCGGAGCUCUCCCUGGAGCUGUCCCUGGAGCCGUCCCUGGAGCUGUCCCCGGAGCUGUUCCAGGAGCUGGCCUUUCCCCCGCAGCUGCAGCCCAGGCAGCAGCCGCCGCCAAAGCAGCCAAGUACGGUGCUGGAGGGGUAGGAGGCUUGGGAGGGCUGGUGCCAGGCGUCGGAGAUGGAGUAGCAGGUGUGCCAGGCACGGGAGGGGUGCCAGGAGCAGGGACCCCAGCCGCUGCAGCCGCCAAAGCCGCCGCCAAAGCCGCCCAGUUUGGAUUAGGCCCUGGUAUUGGUGUGGCUCCUGGUGUGGCUCCUGGCGUGGUUCCCGGUGUGGCUCCCGGCGUGGUUCCCGGCAUUGGCAUUGGCCCCGGCGGUGUUACAGGAGCAGGGGCCCCAGCUGCAGCCAAGUCCGCUGCUAAAGCAGCUGCCAAAGCCCAGUACCGGGCUGCAGCUGGGCUUCCUGCUGGCGUUCCUGGCUUUGGAGCUGGUGUCGUUCCUGGCUUUGGGGCAGGUGCAGUACCUGGAUCCCUGGCUGCAGCUAAAGCAGCCAAAUAUGGAGCCGGAGGGUUGGGGGCUCUUGGUGGAGCAGGUGUCCCAGGCGGUGUGGUAGGAGCUGGACCUGCUGCUGCAGCUGCUGCCGCCAAGGCUGCCGCCAAAGCUGCCCAGUAUGGCCUCGGGGGAGCCGGAGCCCUGGGAGUCGGGGGGCUCGGAGCCGGGGGAGUCAUCCCAGGGGUUGGGGGCUUUGGAGGUGUGUCCCCAGCUGCAGCCGCUAAAGCAGCCAAAUAUGGAGUUGCAGCAAGACCUGGCUUUGGACUGUCUCCCAUUUACCCAGGUGGUGGAGUCGGGGCCCUGGGAAUUGGCGGUGGGGCCUGCCUGGGGAAAUCCUGUGGCCGGAAGAGAAAGUGAGCUUCCCAGGACCCCUGACUCACGACCUCAUCAACGUUGGUGCUACUGCUUGGUGGAGAAUGUAAACCCCUUGUGACCCCUCCCCCACUCCCCUUCCCCUGUCCCCACCCUGGGAGGGGCCAGGCCAGGCUGGGUGGCCCUGGAAAUCCACAAAGCAAGGACACAAGAGUGGUGGCCGGUGGGCCCCAGGAAGCCCCCCACUUCAGAGGCCGGGGACGGGUGGGCUCGGCCCCCUGCCUCCACCCCCUUCCCACCCAGGAGCUCCCCCUCCUCACACUCUCCAUCUCCAGGGGAACUUGGUGCUACACGCUGGUGCUCUCAUCGUCCUGGGGGGAGGGAGGAGGGAAGGGCAGCCCCUGGGGAACCCCUCCCCGGGGCUCUUCUGAAGAUGGUGCAGACACUUCCUGGGCAGCCCCCUCGCCCCCUGCCCACCAGAACCUCCCCUAACCUUGGCUGCGGUCCAGUUGGUACCCAAGCACAAAAAGCCUCAAGCUGGAUUCGGUCAUACCACCUCUUGGCCCCCUUGCCCCCCACCUAUUCCCCAUGGCUGGGACCCCUUCGGAUCGUAACACCCCACCCCCACCCGCCAUUGGGAAUAGCCCUCUUGCUCUUGUGGAACUCACCCGGCCAUCGGCCCAUCCAUCCGUCACCCCAGUUGAACGCCCAGCACCACUAGCUAGCUGGGUGCCACCACCAUCAACCUGGUGGACCCGUCCUGGCGGCCUGUGCCCUGCCUCCACCCCCCUCACCCCAUCACCCCCAUGAUGGGGCCUGCGCACCCCGGGUGUGAGGAGCCGUGCCAGCUGAGGCGGCAGGAAUCCCCUCCCCAACCUGGGCCCCCCCCCCAUGCAGUACUGUAUCCCCUAGCCCUCCCUCGAGCCACUGUAUUUCAGAGCAUUUCCCGCCCCGGCCCCGCCCAUCUCUUUGUGUCUCGCUGUGAUAGAUCAAUAAAUAUUUUAUUUUUUGUCCUGGA